CGCUUGGCUUGGCUUGGCUUGGUUACCGCAGGCGCAUGCCCAGUUCGAAUUCAAAUCGCGGCUAGUGGUGGUAGUGGUGUCUCUCUCCUUCUGGCGGUGGCGGAAGAAGGGCGGAUCGGAGGCUUCUCCCCAGCCAGGCAGCUCUCGCGCCGGAGAGGGAGGUGGAGGCUCGGAUAGCGCGCCACCGCCGCCGCUCCCGCUGGACCAAGCCAUGGGUGGCGUUGGAGCUACCACCCCCAGCCCCCACCCCCAGGGGAAGAUGAAGACGUCCGCCCCCUUCUGCACCCGCCACUGAGACCGACCCCCGCCAGCUCGUCGCCCCGCCGCCGGGAUGAAGUCCACCACGGCCGCCCCGUCCAAGGGCAAGGCGGCGUUCGAGCUCAAGCACAGGCUGGUCCACGCCCUCAACAAGAUCGCCGACCGGGACACCUACCAGAUCGGCCUCAGCGAGCUGCACGCCACCGUCGACGCCCUGGCCCCCGACAUGGUCGGCCCCUUCCUCUCCUGCGUCAUCGACACCGACGCGGACCAGAAGAGCGCGGUGCGCAAGGAGUGCGUCAAGGCCAUCGGCGCGCUGGCGCGGUCGCACGGGGCCCUGCUGGCGCCGCACAUCCCCAAGCUGGUCGCCAGCGUCGUCAGGCGCCUCAAGGACGCCGACUCCGUCGUCCGGGACGCCUGCGUCGACACCUGCGGCACCCUCUCGGCGUGCGCCAGGGAGUUCGGGGACGGCGGCGCCGCGCUGGUUGCGCUGGUGCGGCCGCUGUUCGAGUCGCUGGGUGAGCAGAACAGGUAUGUCCAGGCCGGGGCCGCGCUCUGCCUGGCCAAGGUGAUCGAUGAGAGCAGCUACUUCCCUGGCCCUGUUCUGCCACAGAUGCUCGCGCGUGUUGUUAAGAUCCUCAAGAACCCUCAUUUCAUGGCCAAGCCCGCCGUGAUCGAGCUGCUCAGAAGCAUUGUUCAGGCUGAAGGUGCUUCUACAGAGCAGGCUUUAUCAUCAGCACUAACAAGUAUUAUGGAUUCCCUGAAGAGUAGUGACUGGACUACAAGGAAAGCAGCUUCUCUAGCUCUUUCAAGUAUUGCUGUCAGCUCAGGAUAUUUGGUUGCGUCUUUCAGAACUUCCUGCCUUCGAUCCCUUGAACGCUGUAAAUUUGACAAGGUAAAACCGGUGCGUGAUGCAAUUACCCAUGCCAUCCAGUUGUGGAAAGCUAUCCCAGGUUCUGAGACUCCUGAACCUUCAGAAGCUGGGUCAUCCACAAAAGCAGAAAACUUUUUUGGUGACCAUAAUGAUGCCAGAAGUGUACAUGAUGGUGGAUCAAGAGCGACUUCUUUUAGGAGAGUUGAGCCUACACCUUCAGCAUCUGUUGUAAGUGGCAGUUCUAUCACUUCGGUAAAGAAGAGAUCCCCAUUGUCUGUCAACAAGAUACCUCAAAACAAUGCCUCAAAUCAGCAGCAUUUGAAGUCAAAUGACUGGCAUGUGGAGAUAUCAGUCCCUAAGCAGAAUACAGUGCCAGAUCUUGGGAAAAAGGGAUAUGGCAGCAACCGCAUGUUGAAAUAUGCAAAAGGAAGUCCUUAUGGAAUUGUAGAUGAAGACAUCAAGUCUGACUAUGACCCUAUGGAUGAUAAACAAGAAUGCUCCUCUUUAUCAGAAGUAGCCAGCAGGAGCUAUGAGACGAAGCAUGUCACCUCUGCUCUGGAAGUCACUGAAGAUGUCACUGAGCUUUGCCCUAGGGCUCGAGAGACCAAGAGCAUAGACUCCACUGUUACAGAUGUCACUUCACAUGGCACACAUACUUGUUGUCUGAGUGCGACGAAAGAAUUAGCCCUUAUUAGGAAGCAACUACAAGAGAUGGAAAGGAAGCAAGCAAAUCUUUUUGAUCUUUUGCAGGAGUUCAUGUCGAAUUCUGUGGAGAACAUGUCAGUGCUGAACUCAAAAGUACACAAUUUGGAGUAUGCUGUAGACAAAACUGUGUAUACAAUUACUCAGAGUGAAAGCCGCUAUCAAGUUCCUGGCUCCAAGGGUUUUAAGAACCAGAGUGUCUCUUCUUCACCCAGGCUUUCUAAUUCGACACCUAGAUCAUCCGUUGAUGCCAACUUUAGGCCACCAACAAUUCCUCAUUUGAAACAAGAGAAGAAGUGGGCUCACGAUCUACCAUCUAAGGGCACGAGCACUUGCGUAAAAGAGGGUCAUGAAUUUCUGAAGGCCCAUGCUCGUAACCGAGUUAUGAAGUCUGGGGCUGGGAGCUCAGAGGAAAGUUACAUUCCAAGUUCAGUGAGGGGUCGAGCAUCUGGGGUCAAGGGGACCUUCCCGGUUCCAUUUACGAGUCCAUGUGAUCAGCCUGAUCUGCAAAAUGCAUUGUGUGCUUCUAGUCAGGCUGGCGAGUUUCGCGGUUGUGACGGCAUGGAGCCUGCAUAUGCUGAAGCCCUUAGCUAUGGUGAUUCUGAUGAUCUGAUUGACCUGAUGGACAGAACUGGGCCUGUUCUUGACAAGUUGUCGCGUGAAACGGCAAAUGAACUUUUAAGGCUUAUUGCUGGCCAGUUCCUUGACACAAAGUUAUUUGACUUGGCCCUACCUUGGAUUCAGCAGGUGGUGGAUCUAAGCACGGUUUACAAGCCGAGCCAAGUCUUUGUGUCCGCGAGAGCACAGAGGGAGUUCCUUUCAGCACUGGAGGAAGCAGCAACCAGCGGAUCUACAGAACCAGCCGUCAGAAUCGCCAUCGUGCAGCUUGCAUUUAAACUGACCAAGGCUUGUGAGGCCGCCCCUUGCAGGAAAAUCUCAACCAGAGUAUCCAGGGGAAGCGAAUCCGUCGUCAUGGCCACCGUGAUGUGAAGUACUUCUCCCUUGUGAUGUGACCCUAGUGUGUGUUGAGGCAUCAAGCAAUGUCCUUGCAGUGAUGUUCUAGUGAGAUUGUUUUCUUUUCUUGUCGCGACGAUGUAUACUAGGUCUCGAUUACUGUAUGCAAGUCAGUAGUAGUGGUUUGCUAGCUAAUCAUAUGUGUACUAGGUCUCAGAAGAGGUGGUGGUUGUUUUAGCCUUCUUCGUUUUCUUUUCUCGAACACUCGUCGUGGUGCGUGUGGUUGUGUAUUAGAAGAAGAAUGCUGAGACGGCGCUUGCUGUUUUAGCCUUGUGUGGAGUUUGCUCUCUCGCGAGAGGUGAUCAACGAGCUUGUGAGUUUAUGUUGUGAUCAAAAUGUCAGUGCUGAUGAUCUUUGAUGUUA